AGCGGUAUGGCUUCCCCCCUGAAGGCUGGCUUUCACAGACUGGAGAUCCAGAAAACGACAUGGGACAUUCCGGAUCGAUACACGACGUUAAAUUCGAUCGGCUCUGGCGCGUAUGGCACAGUAUGCUCUGCUAUCGACCAGAAGACCAAGGAGAAGGUGGCCAUUAAGAAGCUGUACAGACCUUUCCAGUCUCUGAUCCAUGCAAAGCGUGCGUACAGAGAGCUCCGCCUGUUACGCCACAUCCAACAUGAAAAUGUGAUCUGCCUUCUGAAUGUUUUCACUCCUGAUUCCUCACUGGAGAAAUUCCAGACAUUCUACUUGGUGAUGCCCUUGGUAGCUCAAGACUUGGCACACAUAAUGAAGAAGAGGAGGCUUACCGAAAGAGUCAUUGUCUACCUGUUCUACCAGCUUCUUCGAGGACUCAAGUAUAUACAUUCUGCUGGGAUCAUUCACCGGGAUCUGAAGCCCAACAACCUUGCCGUUGACGAGAACUGUGAAUUAAAGAUAUUGGACUUCGGUUUGGCGAGGCACGCUGAAAUGGAGAUGACCGGCUAUGUUGUGACGCGAUGGUACCGAGCUCCUGAGGUCAUCUUCAACUGGAUGCAUUAUACUCAGACAGUUGACAUAUGGUCUGCUGGCUGCAUCCUGGCUGAGAUGAUCACCGAGAAGGUGCUUUUCCCCGGCAAUGACAGUAUGGACCAGUUGAACAUGAUCCUUCACCUGACUGGGACACCUCCCUCUUCACUGGUGCAAAAAAUGCAGAGCAAAGAUGCAAGGUCAUAUGUUCAGUCUCUUCCAGUCCAGAAAAAGAAAGACUUCAGAAAAGUUUUCCCCACCAUGGAUUCCAAUGCUGUGGACCUGCUGGAGAAGACUCUGAUGCUCGACCCGGAGGUCAGGCUCACAGCUAAAGACGGCCUGUCUCAGCCCUACCUCUCCGAGUUUCAUGACCCGGAAAACGAGCCCGAGUCUCCGCCUUAUGAUGACUCAUUUGAGAGCCUGGAGCUUGCUAUCAGCGAGUGGAAGAGCCUUAUUCAUAUGGAGAUUAUGACUUUUGACCCUGACAAUCCCAGACAAACUGCAACGUAACACCUCUUCUGACAAUAGCGGUGCAAUGCAAUAAACAAGCAUCGAGCUACAAGGAUGCGUAAUCAAACACAUCCAGCGUUGCCAGCACAUGACAUGUCCUGUGUUUAUUUUAACGUAAGGUGAUAAGGCUACUGAGGCCAACAGAGGGGAAA